AUGUAUUACAAUUUGUUCAUAUCUAUCUAUCUAUCUAUCUAUCUAUCUAUCUAUCUAUCUCUUCGGUUUCUAUCUAUCUAUCUAUCUAUCUAUCUAUCCAUCUAUCUAUCUACCAGUCUCCUUAUUUUCUCUCUCUCUCUCUCUCUCUGUCUGUCUGUCUGUCUGUCUUUGAUAUUUAUUUUUCAUUCUCUAUUUCUUUCAUUUUCUAUUCGCUUAUCGACUUUCUUUCAUUUUUUUUUUCAAUUACUUUUUCGCUUACUUUUCUCUUUCUGUCACCCUCUCCCUCCCUCUCUUUCUCCCCCUCUCCCUCCCCCUCCCUCUCUUUCUCCCCCCUCUCUCUUUCUCCCCCUCUCUCUUUCUCCCCCUCUCCCCUCUCUCUCUACCCUUCUUAUCUCCUCUGCCUCUCUCUCUCUCUUUCAUUCUUUCAAUUUUUCCAGCCUUAUCUUCUAUCUCUCUCUCUCUCUCUCUCUCUCUCUCUCUCUCUGCCUUCUUAGCUUCGUUCUCACUCUGUCUUUUAUAUUUCUGUCUCCUUUCCAUUCUCCGUCUCUUUUAUUUUCUAUUCUGCUUAUCGACUUUCUUUCAUUUUUUUUUUUCAAUUACUUUUUUCGCUUACUUUUCUCUUUCCCCUCUCUCUCUUUCUCCCCCUCUCUUUCUCCCCUUUCUCUUUCUCCCCCUCCCUCUCUCUUUUCUCCCCUCUCCUCCCUCUCUUUCUCCCCCUCUCUUUUUCUCCCCUCUCCCUUCCUCUUUCUCCCUCUCCCUCUCUCUCUUUCUCCCCCUCCCUCUCUCUUUCUCACCCUCUCCCUCCCUCUCUUUCUCCCCUCCCUCUCUUUCUCCCUCCCUCUCUUUCUCCCCCUCUCCCUCCCUCCCUCUCUUUCUCCCCUCUCCCUCUCUCUUUUCCCCUUCCUCUCUCUGUCACCCCCUCCCCUCCCUCUCUUUCUCCCCUCCCUCUCUCUUUCUCCCCUCUCCCUCCUCUCUUUUCUCCCCUCUUUCUCCCCCCGCCCCUCUCUUUCUCCUCCUCUCUCUCUCUCCACCCCUUUUUUUUUAUCUCCGUCCUUUUGUUUCAUUCUUUACUUUUUUAUUUCUUUCUUUCUUUUUUUCGCCAUGUUUCUUUUCCAUUUCCGUUUUACAUUAAUCCUUCUUUCGUUGGUACUUUCUUUUUCUUUUCUUCUCUUCUUCUUUCUCUCUCUCUCUCUCUUUCCUUCGUUUUUCAUUCAUUCUAUUCUGUGUUCAGUCUAUCUUUCUCUCUCUUUUAUUCUUUCCAUCCAGUUUUAUCUUUUUUCCCCUCUUUUUCUUCGUUUCCUUCUCUAUUUCUUUCAUUUUUCUUUCAGUUCUUUCCUCUAUCUUAUCACUUUCUUCUCUCUCCCUCUCUAUUCCUUACUCCUUCAGUUUCAUUCUUUCUUUCUUUCUUUCUUUUUAGCAUUGCUUUUUUGCUCUUCUUUUUUCUUUCCUUUAUCUCCAUGUUUUUUUUCUUUUCACCUCAGUUUGUUUCGUCUCCUUUUCGCACUAAUCGUUAUCUUAUUAAUUCUUUCUUUUUACUCUCCCUCUUUCUCUCUUUCCUUCUUUCUUUUUCUUUCUUUCUUUUUCUUUCUUUCGCGUUCUCCUCUUCUUUCUUUAUUCUUCUUGCUGCUUUCUUCCAUUUUUUCUUUAUUCCUUAAAUAUGUCUCAAAGGUUUAUACUCAAGCAUUCUUUAGAAUUUUCCCAAUUUUCUGCUUUCCUUUCUCGUCUGUGUCUCUUCGCUACUUUUCUUUUUCACUUCUUUUCUAUUUUUCUUUUCUCCUGUUUCGAGAUUUUCUUUCUUUCUUUCUUUCUUUCUUUCUUUCUUUCUUUCUGUUGCCUCCCAUAUUCUUUCUUCUCAUUCCUUUGCUCUAUCCCUCUCUGGUCUAUAAUCCUUCCAUUCCUUCUCUUCAUUUUUUUUUUUUGUUUUGCUUCUCUCUCUCUCUCUCUUUCACUAUCUAUCUAUCUAUCUAUCUAUCUAUCUAUCUAUCUAUCUAUCUAUCUAUCUAUCUAUCUAUCUAUCUAAUUCAUUCAUACCUAGUUAAUUCUGUUUAUAUCUAUCAAUCUAUGUUCAUAUCUCUAAUUUUGUUCAUAUCUAUCUAUCUAUCUAUCUAUGUCAUCCUGUUCCGUGUCAAUCACAUUCCUUUAUCUAUCUAUCUAUCUAUCUAUCUCAUUCUGCUUCUAUCUAUCUAUCUAUCUCAUUCUGCUUCUAUCUAUCUAUCUAUCUCAUUCUGCAUCUAUCUAUCUAUCUAUCUAUCUAUCUAUCUAUCUCAUUCUGCAUUGUCCUUUAUUUCGCUCACUAAAUUUCAUCCAAUUCCUCCCCCCCCCACCAAACAAGUCGCCAUUAGUUUUUCUUUCUUUUGUAACAGCCUUUUCUUUCUUUCUUUCUUUCUUUCUUUCUUUCUUUCUUUCUUUCUUUUAAUACAUCACCCUUCUCUCUCCUCCUUCUAUAAUGGCUUCUAUCUUUCUUUCAUCAUAACGUUUUUUCUUCCUCUUCUUUCUUUCUUUUCUUUUUUUUUUCUUUCUUUCUUUUCUUUUCUUUCUGUCUUUCUUUUUCUUUCUUUCUUUAAUACAUCACUUUCUCUAUCUCCUCCUAUAAUAUCUUUCUUUCUUUCUGUCUUUCUUUCUUUCUUUAAUACAUCACCCUUCUCUAUCUCCUCCUUCUAUAAUGGCAUCUAUCUUUCCUUCAUCAUAACCUUUCUUUUCUUUCUUUUCUUUUCUUUCUUUCUUUCUUUCUUUCUUUCUUUCUUUUUUCUUUCUUUAAUAUAUCACUUUUCUCUAUCUCCUCCCUAUAUAAUAGCUUUCUUUCUUUCUUUCUUUCUUUCUUUCUUUCUUUCUUUCUUUAAUACAUCACCCUUCUCUAUCUCCUCCUUCUAUAAUGGCUUCUAUCUUUCUUUCAUCCCUAUAACGUUUUUCUUCCUCUUUCUUUCUUUCUUUCUUUCUUUCUCUUUUACUAUCUCACUUGUUUUUCCUCCUCAAACUUUCUUUUUUUCACAUAAUUUUUCUUUCUUUCAUUCACUAUCAGCCUUUCUUUCUUUUUUCUUUCACGGUGUGAUUUAUUUUCUUUCUUUGUUCCACUAUCAGCUUCUUUCUUUCUUUCUAUCACUGUCGGCUUCUCUUUCUUUUUAUCAGUUCUUUCUUUCUUUCUUUCUUUUUUUCUUUCUUUCUUUCUUUCUAUCACUGUCUUCUUUUCUUUCUUUCUUUCUUUCUUUCUUUCUUUCUUUCUUUCUUUCUGCUUUUCUUUCUUUUUACCAGUUCUUUCUUUCUUUCUUUCUUUCUUUCUUUCUUUCUUUCUUUCUUUCUUUCUAUCACUGUCUGCUUUUCUUUCUUUUUAUCAGUUCUUUCUUUCUUUCUUUCUUUCUUUCUUUCUUUCUUUCUUUCUAUCACUGUCUGCUUUUCUUUCUUUUUUUAUCAGUUCUUUCUUUCUUUCUUUCUUUCUUUUCUAUCACUCUUCUCCUUUUUCUUUCUUUUUUAUCAGUUCUUUCUUUCUUUUUUCUUUCUUUCUUUCUUUCAUCAAUCUUUUCUUUCUUUUUAUCAGUUCUUUCUUUCUUUCUUUCUUUCUUUCACUGUCUGCUUUUUUUUUUUUUUUUAUCAGUUCUUUCUUUCUUUCUUUUUUCUUUCUUUUCUUUCUAUCACUGUCUUUUUUUUCUUUCUUUUUUCAGUUCUUUCUUUCUUUCUUUCUUUCUUUCUAUCACUGUCUGCUUUUCUUUCUUUUAUCAGUUCUUUCUUUCUUUCUUUCUUUCUUUCUUUUCUGCUUUUUCUUUCUUUUUUAUCACUUCUUUAUUUUUUCUUUCUUUCUUUCUUUCUUUCUAUCACUUCUUUCUUUCUUUUUUUCUUUCUUUUUUCUUUCUUUCUUUCUUUCUAUCACUUUUUUUUCUUUCUUUUUCAGUUCUUUCUUUCUUUCUUUCUUUCUAUCACUGUCUGCUUUUCUUUCUUUUUAUCAGUUCUUUCUUUCUUUCUUUCUUUCUUUCUUACUUUCUUUCUUUCUUUCUUUCUAUCACUGUCUUCUUUUCUUUCUUUCUUUCUUUCUUUCUUUCUUUCUUUUUAUUUUCUUUCUUUUUACCAGUUCUUUCUUUCUUUCUUUCUUUCUUUCUUUCUUUCUUUCUUUUCACUGUCUCUUUUUCUUUCUUUUCUUUCUUUCUUUCUUUCUUUCUUUCUUUCUUUCUUUAUCUCUUUCUUUCUUUUUUCUUUUUAUCAGUUCUUUCUUUCUUUCUUUCUUUUCUUUCUAUCUUGCUUUUCUUUUUUAUCUUUCUUUCUUUCUUUCUUUCUUUCUUUCUUUCUUUCUAUCACUGUCUGCUUUUCUUUCUUUUUACCAGUUCUUUCUUUCUUUCUUUCUUUCUUUCUUUCUUUCUAUCUAUCACUGUCUGCUUUUCUUUCUUUUCUUUCUUUCUUUCUUUCUUUCUUUCUUUCUUUCUAUCACUGUCUGCUUUUCUUUCUUUUUUUCAGUUCUUUCUUUCUUUCUUUCUUUCUUUCUUUCUUUCUAUCACUGUCUGCUUUUCUUUCUUUUUAUCAGUUCUUUCUUUCUUUCUUUCUUUCUUUCUUUCUUUCUAUCACUGUCUGCUUUUCUUUCUUUUUACCAGUUCUUUCUUUCUUUCUUUCUUUCUUUCUUUCUUUCUUUCUUUCUUUCUUUCUUUCUUUCUAUCUAUCACUGUCUGCUUUUCUUUCUUUCUUUCUUUCUUUCUUUCUUUCUUUCUAUCACUGUCUGCUUUUCUUUCUUUCUUUCUUUCUUUCUUUCUUUCUUUCUAUCACUGUCUGCUUUUCUUUCUUUUUAUCAGUUCUUUCUUUCUUUCUUUCUUUCUUUCUAUCACUGUCUGCUUUUCUUUCUUUUUAUCAGUUCUUUCUUUCUUUCUUUCUUUCUUUCUAUCACUGUCUGCUUUUCUUUCUUUUUAUCAGUGCUUCUCUUAUGCUCUUUCUUUUUUUCUUUUUCUUUUUUUCAUUCAUUCUUUCUUUCAUUUUAUCACUAUCCGCUUUUCUUACGUUCUUUCUUUCUAUCACUUCUUUUUUCUCCAGCUUUCUUUCUUCCUUUCUUUCUUUCUUUCUUUCUUUCUUUCUUCCUUUCUUUCUUUCUUUUUUUCUUUCUUUCUUUUCUUUCUUUCUUUCUUUCUUUUUUCUUUCUUUCUUUUUUUCUUUCUUUCUUUCUUUCUUUCUUUCUUUCUUUUCUUUCUUUCUUUUCUUUCCUUCCUGCUUUUCUUUCUUUUUUAUCACGAUCUUUUCUUUCUUUUUUUUCUUUCUUUUAUUACUGUCUCCUUUUCUUUUCUUUUUUCUUUUCUUUCUUUUCUUUCUCCUAACUUUCUUUCUUUAUUCUUUCUUUCUUUCUUUCUAUCUGUCUGCUUUUCUUUCUUUUUUCAGUUCUUUCUUUCUUUCUUUCUUUCUUUCUAUCACUGUCUGCUUUUCUUUCUUUUUUUUUUUAUCAGUUUCUUUCUUUCUUUCUUUUCUUUCUUUCUUUCUUUCUAUCACUGUCUGCUUUUUUUUUCUUUUUAUCAGUUUCUUUCUUUCUUUCUUUCUUUCUUUUUUCUAUCUGUCUGCUUUCUUUCUUUUUAUCAGUUCUUUCUUUCUUUCUUUCUUUCUUUUUUUUCUUUGUCUACUUUUCUUUCUUUUUUUUCAGUUCUUUUUCUUUCUUUUUCUUUUCUUUCUAUCACUGUCUGCUUUUUCUUCUUUUUUUUCUUUCUCUUUCUUUCUUUCUUUCUUUCUUUCUUCACUGUCUGCUUUUCUUUCUUUUUAUCAGUUCUUUCUUUCUUUCUUUCUUUCACUGUCUGCUUUUCUUUCUUUUUAUCAGUUCUUUAUUUUUUCUUUCUUUCUUUCUUUCUUUCUAUCUUCUGCUUUUCUUUCUUUUUAUCAGUUCUUUCUUUCUUUUCUUUCUUUCUUUCUAUCACUGUCUGCUUUUCUUUCUUUUAUCAGUUCUUUCUUUCUUUCUUUCUAUCACUGUCUGUUUUUUCUUUUUUUAUCAGUUCUUUCUUUCUUUCUUUCUUUUCUUUUUUCUUUCUUUCUUUCUUUCUCUUUUCUUUCUUUCUUUCUUUUUUCUUUCUUUUCUUUCUUUCUUUCUUUCUUUUCUUUUCUUUUUACUUUUCUUUUCUUUUUUCUUUCUUUCUUUUCUUUCUUUCUUUCUUUCACUGUCUGUUUUCUUUUCUUUCUUUUCUUUCUUUCUUUUCUUUCUUUCUUUCUUUUCUUUCUGCUUUUCUUUCUUUUUUUUUUCUUUCUUUCUUUUCUUUCUUUCUUUCUUUCUUUCUUCUCUUUCUUUUUAUCAGUUCUUUUUUCUUUCUUUCUUUCUUUCUUUCUUUCUUUCUGUCUCUUUCUUUCUUUUUUUCUUUUUUUUCUUUUCUUUCUUUCUUCCUUUCUUUCUUUCUAUCUUUCACUGUCUGCUUUUCUUUCUUUCUUUCUUUCUUUCUUUCUUUUUUCUUUCUUUCUUUCUAUCUUUCUUCUUUUCUUUCUUUUUUCAGUUCUUUCUUUCUUUCUUUCUUUCUUUCUUUCUUUAUCACUUCUUUUUUUCUUUCUUUUAUCAGUUCUUUUCUUUUCUUUCUUUCUUUCUUUCUUUCUUUCUUUUCUUUCUUUUUUCUUUUUUUUUUUCUUUCUUUUCUUUCUUUCUUUCUUUCUUUCUUUCUUUCUUUUCUUUCUUUCUUUCUUUCUUUAUCACUGUCUUUCUUUCUUUCUUUCUUUCUUUCUUUCUUUCUUUCUUUCUUUCUUUCUUUCUGCUUUUCUUUCUUUCUUUUCUUUCUUUCUUUCUUUCUUUCUAUCACUGUCUGCUUUUCUUUCUUUUUCUUUUUUUCUUUCUUUCUUUCUUUCUUUCACUGUUCUUUUCUUUCUUUUUUUAUCAGUUUCUUUCUUUCUUUUUUCUUUCUUUCUUUGUCUGCUUUUCUUUCUUUUUUUGUAAUUUUCUCUUUCUUUUUUUUUUUUUUCUUUUUCAUUCAUUCUUUCUUUCAUUUUAUCUUUCCACUUUUCUUUCGUUUCUUUCUUUGUCUGUUUUUUCUUUCUUUUUUUCUUUCUUUUUUAUUUCUUUCUUUCUUUCUUUUCUUUUUUGAAUUGAUCUUUUUUCUCAGCUUUCUUUUUCUUUUUUUUUUUUUCUUUCUUUCUUUCUUCUUUUUUUUUCUUUCUUUUUUUUUCUUUCUUUCUUUCUUUUCUUUCUUUCUUUCUUUCUUUUUUCUUUUUUUUUCUUUCUUUCUUUUUCUUUCUUUCUUUCUUUCUUUUCUAUCCUGUCUGCUUUUCUUUCUUUUUAUCACGAUCCGCUUUUCUUACGUUUUUCUUUCUUUUUAUUACUGUCUCCUUAUUACUUUCUUUCUUUCUUUCCUUCUUUCUCUAACUGCUUUUCUUUAUUCUUUCUUUCUUUCUUUCUAUCACUCUGAUUUUCUUUUUUUCAUUAAGUGCUUUUCUUUUUUCUUUCUUUCUGUCACUAUCUAA